CGGAUAACGAGCCAGAAAACAUACAUACCUCGUGCAACACUCGCAGCCCCGAAAGGCUUUAGCUUUUCUUGCACUCGCAGCUUUGAUAAGGCGAAGUGAUUUUCCCACUUGUUACUGGCAUCAAUUUUGUUACCCGCUUAGCUUGCUUACGAGGAGCCUCUGUGCGUAAUGAUUCUCCAAUCAGCAGUGCAGCGGAUGGUGCGCUGCUGUAAUGGGCGCGCUGUGGCUAGGUUACAGCUAGCAGCGCGCUGCCCCGCGCCUCACCGCCGGCGGCUCAGCGUAUCCGCAGCUGCCGCCGCUGCUGCCGCACCUGCAGCCGCUGCUGCUGUUGCUGCUGCGGCGGCGGCAGGUGGCAGCGCCCCAGCGGUGUUCGGCGUGCCCGCGGCGGCCAUCUUCUCCGCCUCCUCGGCGGUCCUGGUGCCCGUGUAUGCGCUCAUGGCAUUCGCGCCGGCAUCCAAGCUGACCCGCGACGCCCUCCUCAACUCGCCGGCUCUGUACCUGCUGCUGGCCGCGGCCUACGUGGCCACCUUUGCUGCGGCCUGGCAGGCGGGUCUGGGCGCGGCCCUGGGCGCCAUGUGGGAGGCGGGCCAGGCGGCGGUGGUGGCGGGCAGCCCGGCGGCGCUGGACCUGCGGCCGCUGGCGGCCAUGUUCGGGCAGCCGCUGGUGACACUGCUGGCGUGGCUGCACCUGCUCACCCUGGAUGUAGUCAUGGCGCGGGAGAUCGCUCUUGACGGCCUGCGCACGGGCGUGGCCACGGCGCACUCCGUGCUGCUGUGCUUCUUCUUCGGACCCACCGGCCUCAUCAGCCACGCCCUUACGCGGCUCGUGUCGGGCUCUAAGGGCCGGUAGUGACGUGUGCGGGUGGGGCUGCAGUCGGCUGUCGCUGGUUGCAGCUGGGCACGGCAGCGCGGGUGGCGGCAAGGACAGAGCAGAUGACCGCAGGGAUGGACACGACUGGAGCGGGUCGCAGUUGGAGAGCUAGUGGGCGACAAAUGAGCGGGAGCUUGUAUACGUGCUGACCUGGGCAAGGGAGGUGGGGACAUGCUCGGACAUGGGCGUACUUCGUUGAGUUGAUGUUGAGCCGAUCGUCCAGGCAGGCGCCCCGGACGCUAUGAUUCCUGUGCGUGUGUGGGUGGAUGGCAGCAGUUCUCGGGCAUGCUCACACAGGAGCCCUUGAGCACACAUGGGAGGGUAUCCAGAUGUGUUGCAGGACCUUGAGCGAAGGGCGAAGGGCUGAUCGUAGCGCGGUGGUGCGGGCGAGUGCUGGGCGAGUGCUGGCCGAAUGAAUAAGCCCCGGAUGGCGGGUGUGGUGAGUGUCUGGUCGCCAAGUGGCCUUCCACGGCAAUUAGAAUAAGUGCUAGACGACUCC